AUGGACAUCGUGCCGCUGGACAUCGGGACGCUGCACGUGAUGGACAUCGUGCCGCUGGACAUCGGGACGCUGCAUGUGGACAUCGUGCCGCUGGACAUCGGGCCACUGCACGUAAUGGACAUCGUGCCGCUGGACAUCGGGCCACUGCACGCGAUGGACAUCGUUCCGCUGGACAUCGGGCCACUGCAUGUGAUAGACAUCGGGCCGCUGGUCAUCGGGCCACUGCAUGUGAUGGACAUCGUUCCGCUGGACAUCGGGCCACUGCAUGUGAAGGACAUCGUGCCGCUGGACAUCGGGCCACUGCACGUGAUGGACAUCGUUCCGCUGGACAUCGGGCCACUGCACGUGAUGGACAUCGGGCCGCUGGACAUCGGGCCACUGCCAGAGCCCGGACCGGGCAUGUAG